AGUAUUAUUAUUAUCAUUAUAAUUGUCAUUUUUAUUAAUGUCAUUGUCAGUAAUAGUUGUCGUGUUCGUCCUUUUUUAUUUUUUGUACUUUUAAUAAAUUGUCAUGGCAAUUUUUAUUUAUUUAUAACUAAAUUGCGAAUGAAACCUUAAAUUAGGACCCUUCUUAUUCAUCAUAAACUUUCUCUCGUUCUAUUCGCAGGCCAUUUAACCUUCAAUGAGGUGAUCAACACUGCCAGCUAGUCUAAUCCACGCCUCAGGGGCUGCAGAAACGAACUGGGCUAAAUAAAGAUGGACAUUUUAAAGCACAGAAACAUCCAUACAAUAGCUGUGGGAAUUAGGAGCGCAAGGCUGUUUGUUUCUUGUCCGUCCUUGGUAAUAUCCCAAGUAGAAAUAAGAGCAUCAUUAUACGGGCGCUGCAAGUGAAGGACUCUCAGGUUGAAGUGGUUGUUGAUCUUGCAAACAUCGCCUCUCCUGUCGCUCGUCCUCAGUUGAACACCUGAUUAUUAUUAUUUUUUUAAUCACAGCAAUAGCAAUGGUUUCGAAGCCAUUAUUUUAAAAUUCUGCUGUAACUAAGAUUAUGUUGCACGUGUCCACCUUCCAGUUCAGUCAGAAAUAUUUUCCCCUAGUGUUUUGCUACAAAGGGUUGUAUCGCUGCGUUUACAAACUCCGUCAGUUGGAUGCAUGUUAAAAUAACGAAAACAAAAUAUAUUAAGAAGGCCAUUCUUCGGACGUUUUCAUGGAAAAACUAUCCGUAAAUGACCUUUACACAGGAAACCGUGGAAGUUUUUGCUAUAUUCUGCAGAAACAUAGUUGCGUGUAUAUGGGGAAAAAAUGGCUACGCGUUUGUCAUUCUCAAAUUUAACUGGUUUUCGUCACAGCUAGAGCUCUGUAGUUUUGGUACACAUCUUUAUUUUACAUUUACAAUGGUCUGAGUGUAGACUACUGUAGCAUACAGGAAAUUAAUAUUUCAUUGAAAGCCCUUUCGUCCCGUUCUUGUUUAAUUUGGCUCUUUAAAGAAGCAACAGGUUUCCUUGAGAUAAAACUAAAAUGAUUAUUUUUCAAAUCUUACAGUGUGUGUAUGCGCGCAAGUGUUAUGAACAAAAGCAACUUUGGAGUAACAAAUAAAAGCUUAUUUUGAGCAGUUGUUUUAAGGCUUUGUUAUCUGCCUUCGGGGGGAUGCUUCCAUUCGCUAAAGAGUUCUUCAUCACAGGAGCUUUUCAUGUGAACUAGAGGUUAACAACCUAAUGAGCACUUGGUGAAGAGCUGAAGCGUGUAAAGAGGCACUGGUUUUUCCCAAAUCAUGCGCUGCUUGGGUACCCUUGUAUCUGCUACUCUAACCUCUGUAGCGCUUAAUAGACUCGGCGAUUUCAGCGGGAGCCCCCGGGAGGCAAUCGGGUCCAGCCGUGUUCAGGCGGGGCAACAGCAGCCAGAAAGGUCGCUAGAAUACCUCACCAGGGUGCUGGAGGAGCAGAAACAUGCUGCUACAUAUGUUGGGUCAAGCGUCCCUUUUGUGAAGAUCUAAAAAGGUGUAAAAACUCAGUCAUCUGUCGCAUUUUUAAAGAAGUGAAAGCAUUGCAUGGUUUUUUUUUUUUUUUUUUUUUUUGCAUAGGUCUAAUGAACUGUUAAAAGAAUGUCGAAUUUCAAAAGUGCCCUUAGUCACUUUUAAUUGUUCAUCGGCAUUUAAUUGGAAAUUACAGAGGACCUAAUUAAAAGUGGCUAAUUAUUUAGGAUUGAAUGGGGAGAGAAAUGCAUUAACACCGCUAGUGCUUAGUUUUAAGAAGUUUCAUAUUUUAUGGAGUAAUGGUUAGGCAAACUGAAAUUAAUUUAUGUGUAAAAAAUAUAACACUUGUUAUAUAACUAACAUUUUUCUUCCCCUUGCACUUGGGUCGAAAUAUUGUGCAGUAAAUGUAAAAUGGCUUAGGGAAAACGGGCUGCUUGCCCAGGAUUUACACUGAAAUUAACCGAAAUUGUUUCUCUAAGCUAACCUAAAAUUUCAUAUAUCUUUAUUUUAUAUAUCAAAUUUGGAAAUGAAUAACCAAUAAAAUACAAUUAUCUUUCAAACGUUAAAAUCUGCUUCCUCUUUAGCUAUGCGUUGAGUGGGAACUAAAUAUUUUCAAAAUUACAGGCUACAAUCGAUAUCUGUCCGUUACAGGCUUUGUAUCAAGAAUAUUGGUCACGGCACAACUUUGUGUAUGCUGUGCCUACGUGUGGGUUCAUAAUGAACAUUUUCAUUCGUGUGAGAUCGCUGCCGAGAUAAUUACUUUGAAUGUCAAAAAGAUUUAGUUUAAUAUCAUCUCUAUUAGUCUGUUGGUUAGGUAAUUAAAGGUGCAGAUGAAAGCAGCGGGGGGAAACAGAUGGCAUUUGCUUACUGUGAUUCAGUAUGUAAACAAUUGAAAGUCAGCGGCAAGACCGCUUGGAAACGCAGGAAAACGGGGAGCAGAAAGAAGCGUUCACAUCAGAAGUAAAGGGUACUCGACAAGUCAGCUAAAUGUGAGAAGGUGCGCGAGGUCAGUCGAUCGGGAAUAGAGGGUGGGUUGACUGUUGUGAAAUAAUUUUUUUUUAAACAGCCCUGCAAUUAAGCAUUUUAUAUAUAAAUGAGACUGAGUGAAGGAAUCGUUCAUUUAUUAGUAGGUGAAAGGCUUGGCCAAAUAUUUUCCCCUUUGAAAUUGCUCAAUUUUUGUCGUUGAUGUGUUUGUUUUGGGUGACGUGGGUGAGACUUAACAGUGAUCGGCACACGCCCUGCUCUUUUCCGUCAAAUAAACAAUUGCAAGCUGAUGAAGAACGCUUUUAUUGGUACUGUGGCAACGUACGCAAACCGUCCACUACCGUCAAACUGAAAACACCAAAUUGUAUAGCCUAUAUAUAUAUACACACACACACGCAUACAGAGAUAGAUAGAUGGAUAUCUCACGAUUGACAAGACGAGUACACAAAUAAGCUGCUCAGAAUUCAGUUGCCUCCUUGACGUUCCUACCAGGACACUUGACCUGACAGCAAUACCCAAGACCUGACCUUCAAAAUAUGAGAGUCUAUUUCUGUCAGUCACAGCGCAAAAUGCAUUACAGUAUUACAUGAAACCAUAGUGACCGUAGUGCAAGUAUUUCUGGAAUUAGCCAAAACGAAAUUCCUUAUAAAUAAAUGAAGACUAUGGUUUUCACGCCUGUCCAUCCGUCAAGUUAGUUUAGAAAUAAGUGGCAACAUGACGGGGUUUUGUUUAGAUCUUGAUAUGCAGACACAAAUACAAAACUAGGAUUAACGUUAUAUCAAUGCAACAGAUAUAUCUGUAUUUAUAGUCCUCUUUACCUCUAUGUCCGCAAAGGCAUGGUAGUAGUUCGGGCGGAGGCGAAGCUUGGCUGCUGUCUCAAAAUACAAAUAUGGAACAAACAUGUCAAACCCAUUUAAGGGACAUGGACGUGCAUUAAAGUUGCAAUAAAGCGUACUGUUUGCAUUGCACGAGUGCAUUGUAAUGUACGAAUCCACUCAAAUUAAACCAUGUUAGUCAUUUCACGUGACCCAGAAACAAUAACUGCUUCUGGCCGGACGUUAAAUGCCAAAAAGGCGUUGCUGCUCGGGAAGUGAUUUUAUUCUUUGUCAGUUUGAAUUUGAAGCGCUGGAAAUGAUUUGAACACAGAAACUUAUAUGAACAAGUUCCUAUACACCUUUAAUAUUUACUAUUUUAUUCUAUCAUCAGCUUCAAGAAAACUGAAUAGGUCAUAGGCUCCUUUUGUCGAAGUUGUUUUCAUAAAAUAAUUUCAUCACAAUUAGACCGUAACACCCUUUGGUAAAAUAUUUUAUUCUCUUAAUAUUGCAGAUCUAACAUCAGUAUUGGUAUGUAAUUAAAAUUAUACAAACAUACUUCUGUAUGGACACGGAGUGCUAAAUUACCCAAGUCAUGAAAUGGAACGUGUUAAUUUAGCAAAAUACUUACAAAAAAAAAAAAAAAAACACACACACACAUGCACACACACUCAAAACCCAGACCAUAAGGAUAAAAUAUUCGUAAUACAUAUUUAUUUGAAAAGUUGUGAAUAUCCACGGGCGUUGUACAGUCUUCAAAUAGGAAAACGAAGAAAAUUAAAAGAAUGUGUCCUUUUUCUGAGGUGUUUGUGACAUAUGCCUGCGUGAUGUUGGUUAUCAGAUAAAUCGCACUCUGAGCCGUUGCGCAAAGCAGUUAUUGUACGGCGAUCGCUAAAGAUAACAGACUUUAAAAACAGAACUUACAGACGCGGAUUUUGUCUGGCAAUGUGUUUUUACAGGAUCAUUUCGACAUACAAAGGCAGAUGAAAAUAUCUAAUCGCAAUAUAAACUGUUGACAGUUUUGUUUUUAAAGCUAGUUUCACUGAUAACGUGCAUAACGUGCAUGUUCACUGACUAGUAGGCUAUAUCAUGCGUAAAUAUUUAUUAUACGUAGGCCUAUACUUGAUACUAAUUUAAGAUAAUGUAGCAUCAUACAAUUAAUGAGCUAAACGAACAAUUGUCACGUGCAAUUGCAGAAUAAUUGAAACGAUUUUCAAAUUUUGAACUAUUUUAUCGUUUUAGUAUUGUUUUUCACAACUGUAUAUUCAGAGAAACAUGUUUAGCAGAAAGGAUGCAGUACUUAUCAAAUAGGCUAAAUAAUGUACGUUUUGCUUUUUGUAAGUAGUGAAUGAUGCGUUCAAAAAAGCAAGAAGCCUAGACAAACUGUGCAAAUCACUUAAAUUCACGCGAUUCAUCUGAUAUAUAAAAUGUGACCGCAUUACUUACACUGGCAACAGUUUCAUUUUCUCACAGCUGACUGUAAAUACUGAAGGAUAUGCUCAUAUUGUACUACUUGUUCUACAGACCGCAGGAAAACGUUCAUUUAGACCGUAUUUAAUUUAUAAGUAUAAUUUGUUCUUAUAAAGUCAGAAAAGUGCGCAAAUUGCAGAUUUCUUACACAUUUAUAUUUAGUGUAUUUGUAACUUACCUUUUCAUUUUACAGACUUCUUGGCCGAUGAUGACGUCACCAAGACCUUUAAUCGCAUCCCACAUAACUAAAUGAAGGGCACAUUUAAAUAAUAAGAAAUGACAUUUUAUAUUCCAAAAUGUACUGUUCACAUAUCAAAUAUAUACGUGGAUAUAUCGCGUGGAAAUGCAACAUGGAUACUUGUCACUGCAAAAAAUAAAACAAAGAAAUAUUAAAUUAUUAACCCUGUUCAGCCACAAAUAGUUACAGCUAUAUAUUUGUCAAUUAAAUCAUCACAAAUACAGGGGACAUUAAAUUACUUUGCCAGAUAAUAUAUUGUUUAUUUAUUUGCAUAAUUAUUAUUAUCAUAUAAAUGUAAGUUCGCUAUUAUAAGUAAUAUCUUUUUUGCUCUGCAGGAUCUCCUCCAGAUUUUAAACACUUGUUGUUUGAGAAAGAACUCAGGUGGACACAGUUGAAAAAAGGGACAAGCCAAUCAGAUUGCACCUUCCCCUUUUGGCCAAUGACAGGCGCCACAUUGUUGUCAAAUUUGUCUAAUGAAAACGUAGGAGCAACAAUAGAGAGAGAGAGAGAUCUGUAUCUAGUGGCAAUCAUUCGAGUUAGUUAGUGUCUCACGCUGGUGCCAGUAACAACUUCAACUCUUUUUGGUGAAAUUAAGUUAAACGGGUCUUACUAUUUUCUCAUUGAUCAGGCGACAGACCUUGGAUUUUGAUUUUUAUAGUUUGGCAUUCCAAGACUAUCUGAACUUUUCCUUCCUAACAAUCCUCGUUUUUUCCCCACUUGUUUCUCAUUUUUGGACCAAUUGUUUUGGUGAACCGUAGCAGAAUUUUAAAGGAUAAACUAUAUUACCAAAGAAGAAUUCGAUGGACAAAACACAGGCGUAUGAAGAUUCUGUAACUAACAGUAUGGGGAGGAAUGCUUGAUUUUGUAUUAAAAAAUUGUAGGUGUACACCGUACAAUAAAUCAUAGACACGAUCUCAUUCUAAAAGUUGCAGCUUAGACAACCUAUUGCGUACCAUAAGAACCCGAUGUUCCUCUUCUACAAACUCCUUCUAAAUUGCCUUCUAAAUUAAGUUUGAAUACGUACCGUAGGAUCAGAAAGGAUCUCUUGAUGAUAUAUUUAAUUUUACGUCAACGUGGCGUCAAGAAACAAAUGCGUUAAAAAUUUCUUCCGAAUUUCACACUUCAACGUACGAAGUUGAGACUGAGGGGAAGGAAGUUGUAGUUAGCUUGUUAGAAGUAUAUACAAAUAUUAAAGAGGACAUGGAUAUGAGAUCAGACAUCCCUACAGCCCCAUCAGGAUCCCAGGUCCACCCUGGAGCUGCUGCCUCCAUCCCAGUUUCUAUGGCCAGCAGCCUUCUCCGGGGUCCCCCGUUGCUCCUCCGCGCCACGGAGAAGUAUCCCCGCACUCCCAAGUGCGCUCGGUGCAGGAACCACGGUGUAGUGUCAGCGCUGAAGGGGCACAAGCGUUACUGCCGUUGGAAGGACUGCAUGUGUGCCAAGUGCACACUGAUCGCUGAAAGGCAGCGCGUGAUGGCCGCACAAGUGGCCCUGCGCAGGCAGCAGGCUCAGGAGGAGAACGAAGCGCGAGAGCUACAGCUCCUGUACGGCACAGCGGAGGGUCUAGCACUGGCGGCUGCCAAUGGUAUUAUUCCACCUCGCCAAAACUAUGAGGUCUUUGGAUCUGUGAGCAACGAAUCUAACUCUGAUGGAAACAUUCAGAAGUUUGACUUGUUUCCGAAAGCCCAAAUACCGAGGUCAAUGACCCCACAGCAAGCUCUGGGAAAGUCAGUGUCCACUGACACAGAAUCCAUGCCAGGGAUUUCGUCUCCUGAGGUGCGCCAUGGCUCUGGUUCUGAGAACGGCGACGGAGAAUCCUCGUUUGUCAGUUCUCCCAUUUCCAAAACUCUGAAAGACGGAGAAGAGACCCCGGGCUCGAUCAGCCCCCUGGGGUCCGACUCCGGGUCGGAAACGGACAAAGACGAGCAGGAGCCGUCGCCGUCCUCCGCCGCCUCCAAGCAGAUGAACGCCAUCGACAUCCUGACCCGCGUGUUCCCCAGCCACAAGCGGAGCGUCCUGGAGCUGGUCCUGCAGGGCUGCGGGAAGGACGUGGUGCAGGCCAUCGAGCAGAUCCUCAACAACAGCGGGCAGCCCAAGGCCCCCGAGGAGGCGUGGACGGCCGAGCGGAUGCUCCAGAACGUGCAGCCCCCGUCCGCCUCCGCCGCCCCCAGGCCCAUGCUGCCUGGAGCCAUGACGCUGAGCAACAGGUCGGCCUUCUCCCCGCUGCAGCCCAACGCGCCGCACUUCGGCGCCGACCCCGGCACGUACCCCCUGAGCACCCACCUGGGCCUGAACCCCCUGCGGCUCGCCUACUCGGCCCACAGCAGAGGGCUGGCCUUCAUGACUCCCUACUCUACAGCUGGCCUGAUGCCAACUCUGGGCUUCAGGCCACCGAUGGACUAUGCGUUCAGUGACCUCAUAAGGGACAGAACGAUUUUGCACAAGGACUCGGGGUACACCAGUGGAUUGUACGGACCUUUGGUGAACAAUACCCCCGAUAAGCAGUGAGGUACUCACAGUACAAUUAUUCUGUCUUAAGUUGCUACACAGGGUCAUUAUAUAGUGGUUGACGAAGGCAUGCAAAUUGAUAUGACAAUGUAUUUGUGGCCAGACGUUUCUUAAUGGCUAAUAAUGCAUCUGGCUGUGUACAGACUUUACCUGUCAGAAAUGUCUGUAAAGAAAACAUUUCAGAGGUUUGCCCAAAACCGACAAGAAAUACAAUAUCAGCAAUACGUUAACUAGCUGGAAUUGUACCGAAGUCGAUAUGCGCCCGCUAAUCACAAAAUAAGACCAACACCACCGUAAUAGGCUUUUCUGAGCAACGUCGUAAAUGCCUGAAACGCAAUGUUUAAGGUGGUUAUUUGAGAAUAGCGCGCAGCUGAAAAUUUUAAUUUAAUACAUGAUGGUGGCUCUUAAUCAUUUUAGGUAUUGUGAUAGAUUGGAUCAAAAUUAAUUUGAUUACAAGUGGACCAGUGCUGAUUCCCGGUAACCAAUGAAGCAUAAUAAAUAUACAAAAUGAAAAAAGAAAAGAAACACGCUCUCAGUAUCAGUCUUGUUAUUUGUGGGAUUCCAGUUUGAUUUUAUAUUUGGAUCCAAUUCUUAAAGAUAACUUUAGAAGCGGAGGGUCACCGGAUGACCAUCCGCUGAAGUCUAGAGUUCCUCGGUGCAAUUUUGUAAUAUCUUUUAACUGUUAUUUUAAUGUUCUUUCUAUUUUAAAGUUAUUGAAUCUCUAGUUACUAAUGUCAUCAUUAUGGGGCUUAAUUCAGUAUCAGUCUUAAGUGUGACCCCAUUUUAAACAAAUUAAAGUAUUUCUAAGUUAUUUCUCUAAUGUGUAGCUGGAUUUCUUUUUGUGUUCAAUAUUAUAGCCGAAAGCCUGACAUUUCAAAUUUAACUAAUGAAGUUUAGGCAUUUCUUGUUUUGUUUUUGUGUCUUCUUGUCUCUCAACAAUAUAUUGUAUAUUGCAUUUCUAGAUAAUUAUAUUAUAUUUGUAAAUGUACCCAACAUAAUCAGCGACAAUAUAGUUCUAUUUGGUGCAACUGCAUUAUUGUCUGUGCUGAACUACGUUUUGCUUUCCUAAUGUUUUCAGCUGUACAGUCACAUUAUGUGUGGCAUUUGCUAGAAAUAAAUGUUAUUUUCUACAAAA